AUGGGUUUCACUGACCCUGGUCUGUACAUAGUGCUGUCUCCAUGGUUACUGAAUGCUAUGUUUACAGGUGUAAAGGAGAUCGAUAUUGCUGCAUCCCUAGAACACGUCCGUGACCAGAGACCUGGAAUGGUCCGAACCAAGGUACAGAACUGUGAUGUAUUUGCAUUUUCAUACCAUAACUAUUACUCUAAACAGGUCUACCUAAAUCAGGUCUACUCGCUGACCAGCUUCUAUAAAAUGUAUUGAUUAGAAACGGGCAGAAGGUAGAUCCAUUUAGCCCAAUAGUAAUCGGAAGGCUGGAAAUUUUUUUGCAGGAGUUAUUCUAUAAUAACUGCGUUUCACUUUUAAAACUUAACCCUGUUACUGAAAUCCUCCAUAAUAGUUUCAGGGUACUGCUUGGUGUUCCAUACAGGGAAUUGGUAACUAAAUGACAGGCUAGAGAGCUAACUAACCGCUUGCUGAAUUUAUCUGCCCUGUGUUAUAAUUAAUGGAUCUGUAGCCACUGGCAGCUCUCAAUCUGCUGCCGAACUAUAACUCCUAAUAUCUGACAUGCUAAUCAGGAAUUUUAUUACAUAAUCCUACUUUUAAUAAACAAAAAAAAGAAAAUAUUUUUUACCUUUACCUUUUACCACUUUUAACCAGAUUGUGGGUAGAAAAUAUAUUAUCUGUUUAACAUUCCAUGCUAAGUUCUACUCGAGAAAGAAGUAUGUAAAACUUGGGACUAAACUGUGAAUCUCGGGACCACUGGCAGGUGUUCAUAUUAAAAUCAGAUGUAAAUCAAUAAUUUCCUACAUUUCUACUGCUCGUGCAUCUCCUGCUGUCUGACUCACAACCAUCUAGUGUAAAAUCUGUUUCUGACAUCGUUCCUCUCUCUGCUCACAGGACCAGUUUGAAUUUGCGCUCACAGCGGUGGCAGAAGAGGUCAAUGCUAUUCUUAAAGCUCUACCACAAUAA